CAGUUCCGCGCUUACAUUUGUGGGAGCUUCUAGUCAGUCCAUGCUUCGGAGAGCAGCAUCAGCACUGCUGAAAACCAGCACUGAGCUUACCACCCUCCUCUCUGUGCCUCCUACCCCGAAGCCCCUCUUUAGUUUCCUUCUUAUCAGGCCGUUCUCCCUCUCGGUCUGCUUGCGUAAGAAGAAGAAGCAGAAUAGUCUUUGGUUGCAGUUGUCUGAAGGACAAAAGAUGGAUAGUAAUAUCGAAGAGGUGCUGGCUCCCUUGAGGCAAUCUGUGAAGGAACAGGGCGAAUUGGUUCGUCAGAUGAAGGCCGAUGGGGUUCCUGAUGUGGAUGUUGCCAAAGCAGUGGCGGAAUUGAAGGCGCGGAAAAGAACCCUGGAAGCCAAGGAACUUUCCCUUCAGCCCAAAGAUGAUAUUGUGGACAGAACAAAGAUGGAAGAUACUCUGAAGAGGCGUUUCUUUUAUGACCAGGCUUUCUCCAUCUAUGGUGGUGUAAGUGGGCUGUAUGACUUUGGGCCCGUCGGCUGUGCUCUGAAGAACAACAUCCUGCAGGCAUGGAGGCAACACUUCAUCCAGGAGGAGCAGAUCCUGGAGAUCGACUGCACCAUGCUCACCCCCGAGACUGUCCUCAAGACCUCUGGGCACGUGGACAAGUUUGCUGACUACAUGGUGAAGGACGUCAAGAAUGGGGAGUGCUUCCGUGCUGACCAUCUUCUGAAAGCGCAUCUCCAGAAGCUGAUGUCUGACAAGAAAUGUGCUGCAGAGAAGAAGGCUGAAAUGGAUGAUGUCAUCACCCAGAUGGACAAUUACACUCAGCAGGAGUUGACAGAUCUGUUUGUCAAAUACAACGUGAAGUCUCCGAUCACAGGAAAUGACCUCACACCUCCAAUGUUAUUCAAUCUGAUGUUCCAGACCUCUAUUGGCCCUGGAGGAAACAUGACCGGCUACUUGAGGCCAGAAACUGCUCAGGGAAUCUUCCUCAACUUCAAGCGUCUGCUGGAGUUUAACCAGGGCAAGCUACCGUUCGCUGCUGCUCAGAUCGGAAACUCUUUCAGGAAUGAGAUCUCGCCUCGCUCUGGCCUCAUCCGAGUCAGAGAGUUUACCAUGGCCGAGAUUGAGCACUUUGUCGACCCAAAUGAAAAGGUUCACCCCAAGUUCUCCAACGUGGCAGACCUGAAUAUCUUGCUGUACUCGUCCAAGGCACAGACCAGUGGGCAGUCUGCCUCUGUGAUGAAUCUGGGGGAAGCCGUGAAGCAGGGAGUGAUCAACAACUCCGUCCUGGGCUACUUCAUCGGGAGGAUCUACCUCUACCUGACCAAAGUGGGCGUGGCCAGUGAUAAGCUACGCUUCCGUCAGCACAUGGACAACGAGAUGGCCCACUACGCCUGUGACUGCUGGGAUGCCGAGACCAAAACCUCUUACGGCUGGAUUGAGAUUGUGGGCUGUGCUGACCGCUCUUGCUUUGACCUGACAUGUCACGCAAAAGCGACUAAGGUCUCCCUGGCAGCUGAGAAACCACUGAAGGAACCCAAAGUUGUAAAUGUCGUCCAGUUUGAGCCAAAUAAGGCAGCCAUUGGCAAAGCCUACAAGAAGGAAGCCAAGUUGGCCAUGGAGUACCUGGCCGCCUGCGAUGAGUGCUACAUCACAGACCAGGAAAAGCUGCUCAGUGAGAAUGGUGAGUUUACCGUCGAGACGGAGGGAAAGACUUUCAAAAUCACCAAGGACAUGGUUGCCAUCAAGAGGUUCCAGAAGACCCUGCAUGUGGAAGAGGUCGUUCCCAAUGUCAUUGAGCCGUCCUUUGGCAUCGGCCGAAUCAUGUACUCCAUCUUCGAGCACACAUUCCACACCAGAGGUGGCGACGAACAAAGAACAUAUUUCAGUUUUCCUGCCACUGUGGCUCCCUACAAAUGCUCCGUCCUUCCACUCAGCCAAAAUCAGGAAUUCGUGCCGUUUGUCCGGGAAUUAUCUGAAGCCUUGACCAAAAACGGCGUGUCCUACAAGGUGGACGACUCCGCAGGGUCGAUCGGUAGGCGCUACGCCAGGACGGACGAAAUCGGCGUGGCCUUCGGCAUCACCAUCGACUUCGAUACGGUUAACAAGACGCCCCACACCGCCACGCUGAGAGACAGGGACUCAAUGAGGCAGAUCAGAGCAGAGGUGAGCGAGCUGCCCAACAUCAUCCGUGACCUCGCCAAUGGGGCGACCACAUGGGUGGAGAUAGAGAGAAAGUACCCCAUUUUCGAGGGUCAGGAGACGAGCAAGAAGGACACGACGGAGGAGUAGAGUGCCCCCGCCCUUUCUCAUCUGCCGCCCCUCCAAACCCCCACCCCAUCACUCCCCCUAUGGACAGUUUUACACUUGCCUCAAUAGGAACAAUUUUACUGCAACUGUAAUGUACAAAAAAAAACGAUCAAGAAUGCACCAUUUGUUCUACACGAAUUGCAACCACUUGAAAAAUCAAUCACAAAAUGAAACAACAUGUAAGCUUGUUAUUCUCAGUCUGUAACUGAAGCAGACAUUUAUAUCUGUAGUCCCUCUCCCUGUUGCACAUAUGCAAAGGUUUGACAUUUAACUGGGGGGGGAAAAAGGGAGAAAGCGACUAAUUUGGUUGCCAUGGUGUGAGGAAAAAGUGGUUUUCGCCAUUCCAACUUCUGGGCAGAUAAAAUUAUGUUAUGGAAAGCAUCUUCGGUUCAAUAAAUGGAGCCAGCACUUUC